AAAAAAAAAAGAAUUGUCAAACUAGUGACGACUUUAAUCCAUUCAACAUGUCUGGUGCGUUUCCUAAAGAAUUUUUAUUCGCGACAGCUACCUCAGCGUAUCAAAUCGAAGGAGCAUGGAAUGAAGACGGAAAAGGAGAAAAUGUAUGAGAUCGAAUAAUACAUACAAUGCCGCAUAUGGUCAAGAAUCGGGAUAAUGCAGAUGUCGCCUGCGACUCUUAUCAUUUAUAUAAAGAAGAUGUCAAAUUAAUAAAGGAUGCUGGAUUUAAUAUCUAUCGAUUUUCCAUAAGUUGGACUCGUAUACUACCGAACGGUGAAAUCACCUUGAUCAACCAAAAAGGCGUUGAUUAUUACCAUAAGCUGAUAGAUGAGUUGAUAAAAAAUAACAUUCAGCCGAUGGUAACAAUGUAUCAUUGGGAUUUACCCCAAAAAUUGCAAGAUAUCGGAGGAUGGGCCAAUCCACUGAUCGUCGAUUACAUGGAGGAUUAUGCUGAUUUACUUUUUCAACUUUAUGGCGAUAAAGUAAAAUGGUGGAUUACCAUAAAUGAACCAUUUCGAGUAGCAGAAGGUUAUGAAACUAAUCGUUUCGCACCUGCAUUGAAUCUACAAUCAUCGAUAAUGUAUAUUGUGAUGCAUCAUGCUUUAAAAGCGCACGGUAGAAUAUUUCAAUUAUAUAAUAAGAAAUAUCGCUCAAAACAAAAUGGGAAAGUGAGUCUCUGCUUGGAGUGCAAUCAUUAUGAAGGAAAAACGAAAUCUAAAGAAGAUAUUGAAGCAGCUAACAGAGCUAUCCAAUUCCAGUUGGAUAUGUUUACCCAUCCGAUCUACAGCAAUGAAGGCGGAUAUCCAAAAAUAGUACAAGAUAUGGUCGAUGAGAUUAGUAAAAGAGAAGGUCGAAAACGAUCGAAAUUACCUGCAUUCACAAACGAAGAAAUACAAUCAUUAAAAGGAGCAAAUGAUUUUUUCGCUUUGAUGAAUUAUACAACGCAAUUAUGUACUCCGAAAUUUUCACAAUAUACCAACGCACUAACUAAACCUACUGGCUCAUUUCAUGAUGAUAUUAACGCGACGUACUCCUCUGAUCCUCAAUGGCCCAGUAGUACAACACCAUGGUUAAAAGUGGUUCCUUAUGGAUUACGAGAACUGUUGAAAUAUGUCAAGAAUACGUGCAACAAUCCUCCUGUGUUUAUUAAUGAAAACGGAUAUGCUGAUGGUGGAGAAUUAAAUGAUAAAGACAGGAUUUCCUACCAUAGAGAGUACUUGAAAGAAGUCCUUAAUGCGAUGAAUAACUACCAGUGUAACGUUAUAGGGUAUACAGCAUUUUCAUUAUUGGAUAAUUUUGAAUGGUUUUCAGGAUACAGGGUACGGUUUGGUAUCGUUCACGUGAAUUUUAGCGACGAAAAAAGGAAACGUACUCCGAAAUCGAGUUAUAAUUUUUUCAAACAACUCAUUCAAAGCAGAACAAUACCAGCCAAUCAAUGAUAUCAAUUAUUACCGUUUUUCAUGAACAUUGAACGUAUUUCAGAAAUUAUUUGUUGAAAUGUUAAGAAAUUACCGUAGAUACCUAUGUAUGUAGUACCUAAUUACCUACCUAGAUAUUAAAAUGCAAUUAUUU